CCAGCGAAGACAACGUUGUGGUACUUGCUCCCCCAGAUUCCGUGGAGUCUCACCCAGUGCUACCAACAGUUGAUCUCACUCCCCAAGUUUCGGACAUUCCUGACGUAGAUAAUGGGUCUGAAACCGGCGCGUCUGUCAAAGAGGAAAUCGAGGAUGACAGUGAAGCAUGGGCAGACCCAAUAAAUCUCUCAAUAGACGAUGGUGAUGAGUGGGGUGCCGCUUGGAUGGAUACAUCUGCACCUGAGGCGUCUGUCAGUGUUGAAGAGCCACCAGAUGAAUGGGAAUCAGCGCGACAAGAGAAAGAGAAGUUGAACCGUGCAGUGGUAUGAUUGGUGUUUAUGUGCGUUAACGUUACUCACUAACUAUUGUUCAGCCUCCAGAAAUGAUGGCAGCUCUCAUUCAGAAGUGCCAGGAAGUCUCUGGUGAGCUCUGGCCAGGGACAGAGUCCGACUCGGAUGCUAGCAACUGGAGGACUGAUUUUGAUGGACUUGAGAACGUUACGGUCUUAUUAAACGACUUGGUCCCUGAGGACAUGGCUUUGUCCCCUCCGAUGCAAUUCUCUCAGACAGCCACUGCAAAAGAGUUAAAUAACGCGCUCAAGCUCACGAGGCAUAUGCCUUUGAUACGUAAGAGCCCAAUGGCCCUCCUACUUAGUUCCAAGGGAUCAACGGACUGGGAGAAAUCGGUUAAAGCUAGGAAAGAUAUUCCUGUGGAUGAUGCUCCAGCGGGGUGGCGAAUCCUAGAGAAAGAUGAACGUGCUGCUAUGGCUGAUGCGACUCAUCCCAAGAAACCUGGUUCAGGAUUACUUUCGUUCUGGAACCGCAAGGCAUCAUCCUCAAUACCUUCUGUAGAUGCAAAGGUGGAAAAUGUGCGACCACCGCCUAUAUCCGCGCGUUCUAGCGUCGACAGCACGAAGCCCCAGGCGCCAGACAAACGUGAUAUCUCUCCCGCUCGCAGUCUAUCUGUCUUUAUGCCUUCAUCCCCGGUAGCCAGCUCAUCUGCAGCUCCUGAUGUCGUGAUACCAGCGGUCACACCUGCACCAUCGGCCGUUUCGCGCUUUUUGAACCGUUUCUCACGUGCCAAAGGCACUGGAUCUGAGCGCAAGUCUAUUGCUCUGUCAACAGACGAUCUUGAUUUCCUUUCCGACAUUGUACCUAGUACACAUGACCCUGAUGACGACAUGGACAAUGCCCAGUUGAAAGCGCUGUCGAAUUUGGUAAAUUCAAAUCCAACACCAUUGCCCACAAAGCUUCCACCCCCACUCGCACCACCACCAAAACCUCCAUCUGUGAACGCCAGUCGACCUCCUUCUGUCGGUCUGAGUGGUUUGGGCAUUACGCUGGAGCCUGCACAUGGUUCUCCCCAGCAUCCUCCCGCUCGUGCUCCAUCCCUGUCGCUACCAUUGUCCCCAGUCGCGUCAGAUAUCUCGUUCUCGCGUCCGCACAGCCCAGCAGUACCUCCUAAACCAUCUUCACCAAUUAACACGACUUUUUCUGCUUACACCAACCCAAUAAUACCAGCUGUAAUACCCUCGCCACCUCGACCAUCUUCAAGAACGCACUCACCCUUUCAACUGCUGCCGCCACCCAAGGCGUCUUCUGCGCUCUCAAUACCUCCACUUCUGCCACCCCCUGUCUCACCGCCACAAACACCAAGGCCCAGCGUAUAUCCCAUGCUAGCAGCUACAUAUCAGGACCUCGACGAAGAUGACGACUCAUUCUCCGCUUUCUCAAACCUCCCUCACACAGAUCCCUUUCCAGCACCACGCGAGUCCAUGGACUCAUCUCUCAAUUCACCAUCUUCCACACAAGCACUUAACUCCAGCAAGUCAUCAAAUUCAAUGUCUUUCGACGACUUUGACGACUUUGUAACCUCAUCGCGAAUCCGCACGCCAUCCCCGCCGCCCGUCCCAGCGAAACCCUCAAAGAUGGUUGGAGGAGCGACAGCAGCAACGCCAAGCUUGCGGUCUGACACGUCCAUACACAUACGCACGCAGAGUCUGCUUGAUCAUGCUGUCACACAGCGCGGACAGUGGCCGUCCCCACUGAGUGCGCAUUCCAGCCACCCCGUGCUGCCACCCCCAUCUGGUUAUCCGUCAUUUGGUCGGGACAUCGAUCUGUUGAGCGAUGGCGGCGCGGUGCUGUCGGCGCCGAAGUUUGGGACUCCACCACCGAAGGUGCAGUCUACGAUGGUGCCCCAGUUGUCGCCGUCCCUGUCGCCUGCGCCAUUGCCCCAGCCGCUGUUAUCACUUGCGUCACUGUCACCGUCAUCGUCGCGGGCUGAGAGACCGCCUGCGAAGCCGAUUCAGACGGGUGGGCUGACUGCACAAGAUUUGUCCUUCUUUGAAGGGUUGUGAGCGGUGAGAUUGGAGUAUUGGUGUUGAUUUUGGGUUUAUCACGGUGCAAAUGUGUAUUAAC